UACAGAACGGAGAGAAAAGAAGUUGUGUGCCCGAGGGACAGAGGCUACAUAGCUCAAUCUCUGCCUCAGCUGCCAGGUCACCCUCUCUUGGUGUCUCUUGGUGUCAUUGUAGACUCUGGAGAUACCUGCUGGCUCAGAAGAGUUGGUUCAUCUGCCCUUUCCCCUUGUCCUGAGGGUCUCCUGUCGUCUCCUCAGAAAAAUUAUCUGAGCAUCCAUGUCUCCAACCACAAUGAACUUUGUUGAGGCUGUUUUCAGUUGUUACUGUGGUGUUGGAGUUGUUUGCACCAGGCUUGCCUUCCUCAGUCCUGGCCAAGGUGUAAGACAGAGCACAUCAAUGAUCAAGAGAGAAGUCCUAAGGAAUCUGGCUAGCAUGUUGAGGAGCUGGUUCUCUGUUGAACACUGAGGACCUCGGAUGACUCAGCACAGGAAAAGGCCAUGACAUUUGGCUUUACAAGUAAUGAAAGAAAAAAACCCAAACAACCCACAACCCAAAGCAGUGAAUCAUUAACUAGACAGUUAUGACAAAGCAGCACAACUCAACAGAUAAACCCAUCAGCUUCCUUCAAAAGCAUCUUCAAGCUACCAAAGGAGACGACUCUUUCACAGUCCGUACUGUGACUGCAGGAAGAUGGCUUUGAGGCUUUGCUGUGCCUGGAUUUUUGUCCUCCUCCUUCCUGGCCUCUCAGAUGGAGGGAAACUCCUGGUGGUGCCCAUGGAUGGAAGCCACUGGCUUAGCAUGCGGGAAGUGGUUGAAAAGCUCACCGAGAGAGGACACGAAGUGGUGGUACUUAUACCCGAAGUAAGCUGGCAGAUGAAGACAACAGAGGCAUACACCGUGAAAACAUACCCGGUGUCUUACACAUUAGAAGAGCUGCAGAAUGCCUUUCACGAGUACGUUGCCGCUCACCUGAAGGACCUGCCUUUCCCGCUGAACACUCUUGCACUGUACAACAGCUCAGUGCAUGUUUUCCAUACAUUCUUCCGUCAGUGCAAGAACCUGUUCAGCAGCAAGGAGACCCUGCAGUACUUGAAUCAAAGCAACUUUGACGCUGUCCUAACAGACCCCAUUUUUAUGUGCGGAGCAACAGUCGCUAAUUAUUUUUCUCUUCCCUUUCUGUUCUUCAUGAGAGGAUUUCCUUGCAACUUACACUACGAAGCGCCGCAGUGCCCAAGCCCUCUGUCCUACACCCCGAGACUAUUUACCUUCAACUCAGACCACAUGACUUUUUUCCAGAGAGUAGAAAAUGCUCUGGUUGCCCUCCUGGAGCUUGUGUACUGUAAUGGUUUCUAUGCAGACGCAAUAAAGUUUUCCUCCGAAGUUCUUCAGAGAGACGUAUCCCUGCUAGACCUCGUGAACUCCGCUUCCGUUUGGCUUCUGAGAUUUGAUUUUGUGUUUGAAUACGUCAGACCAGUGAUGCCCAACAUGGUCUUUAUUGGAGGCAUAAACUGUGGUCAGAAGAAACCACUGUCUAAGAUGUUUCAUGAACCAGAUAUCCCAUCACUCCUACCUGCUCCAGGACAACUUCCAGGCUGCUGCACAGCGUGAAGAAACCAUACAGACCUCUCUCCAACCAGGUGUGCUUUGUUGGGGAUCUCAAACAGUUUUUCUUCUCCAGCCAGCAAUUGUUCUUGUUCAGCUACCAUUCCUAUAUCUUGGUUUGCUUUUGUAAACUUGCAAAUUUUUGGCAUCCACUUUUUCUCUUUCCAUGAAAUGUGCCUUAAUGGCAGAUAAAAUCUGCUUGGUCAGGCACUUCUUUUAAGAACAAACUGCAGAUAUCUGCUUUUCUACGUUUAUCUUUAACGUUUUCAUGUGCCUUUGCAUGUUCUCACUAUCUAAGGACACUGCUUUGUUUGUAGGCACCUAUUUCAUUCACCCAUCUAUCUACCCAUUGAGUAUCCAUUGCAUCAGUUGCUGCAGCUUCAACCCAGGUUCUCAAGAACAAUUAGGCACUUAAAUCUCAUUUAAAUCAACGUGAUUUGGAUAUCUAAACAAGUCCUUGGAGUGGGACUGUCUUCCACAUCAGAUCAUGUCAGCCAUGCUAUUAUAUGGGCAAACCUUCAAAACCUCAGAGGUAAAAAGCUUUUUCUGUAUGUUCAGUCCAAAUCUCUCAAACUGCCAUUUGUGGCUCCUAUUAUACUAUUUACUGCUACCCAGAAAAGUUUGGCUCUGUCAUCACUGUUACUCCCCAUCAAGUAGCUGUAGGCUGUGGUCG